UUCAUUAUUCCCAUUCAAAUACACUUAUAUAAAUUCGGUCCAAAAAAUUUAGUUUUCACUUUUCAAAAUGGAGUAAAGCGUAACAAAUUUAUAACGGAUUCAAGAUUUUUAGACAAACAUAUUACACUGUUUAUUCAAUGUGAUGAGAUAAGGCAAGAAUGAGUUCCUCCUUGAUUAAUGCUAAUCCUGUUGUGUAUGAGAAGACGCGAGAGCGGGAGUGGAGGCCAGAAGAUGAAGAUGAUGAUGUACAGGAUGAAAUAGAUGACCGGGAGGUUUUUGAUCUUAUCAGAUGUAUAAAUGACCCAGAACAUCCUCUCACCCUAGAGGAGUUGAAUGUAGUUGACUGUGAUAAUGUACAUGUGAAUGAUUCUGACAGUACAGUAGAAAUUUUAUUUACCCCUACAAUACCUCACUGUAGUAUGGCCACAUUGAUUGGUUUGUCCAUACGAGUAAAACUUCUAAGAGCCCUUCCUCCAAGAUUUAAAGUUGAUGUGAAAAUAAGUCCAGGAACCCAUGCUUCAGAGGAGGCAGUUAACAAACAAUUGGCUGACAAGGAAAGGGUUGCCGCUGCUCUGGAGAAUUCCCACCUUCUUGAAGUUGUUAAUCAAUGUCUGACGUCUAACAGAACCUCUGGAUAAAGAAGCAUAAUUAAAACAGCAUAAUUAAAGAAAAUUAUCAUCUUAGAACUACCAUUGAAACUGUUUUGCUUCUAGCAUGCAGCAGAGAAUCCAAAUAAACCUGGAUCAAUAAUUGAUAUACUGAGGUUAUAACAGUUCCAUUAGUGUUGAAGCUGUCAGCUGCGGUCUGGAAUUGUAAUGGAAAUUCUAGAUAAAGAGACCUCAGGACAUUAUUACUGAAAAAUAAAAAAAUCUACAUCAUCUUGGAGUUGUAAACAAGUAUUUGUCACGUAAUACAAACUCUAGAUCAGCAAACUGUAUCCAGUGUGUACACAGAACAGUGUUUACAAGAUACAAGAUACAAAUUUUAUUUAAAGUCUGUGUUACAUAUACAGACAACAUUAGCUAUGUAUAGCUAUUGACCGACAUAACUUCUAGAGUGAAUUACUUGACUGUGUAAAAUUAAUUUAAAAAAUAUUUUCAAGUACAAAGCAUGUCUUACCCACUUAGAAUUGUCUAUACAGGAUGAAAUGCUUCUGGCUAAUUUGCAGUAAAUUGCAUUAUGUUUCAACUGUUAAGUUAAACCAUAUUCAGAAUAUGACUGUGAGCAUUGCUGACAACCUAAAUUGUUCUAUUUUAUAUUAUGCUCCUGGUGCUAAUUUAUAUGAGCCGUGCCAUGAGAAAACCAACAUAGUGGCUUUGCGACCAGCAUGGAUCCAGACCAGCCUGCGCAUCCGCGCAGUCUGGUCAGGAUCCAUGCUGUUCGCUUUCAGAGCCAAUUGCUAUUAGUGAAACUGUUAGCGAACAGCAUGGAUUCUGGCCAAACUGCGUGGUGCGCAGGCUGAUCUGGAUCCAUGCUGGUCGCAAACGCACUAUGUUGGUUUUCUCAUGGCGUGGCUCAGGAAACUUACAGAGGAAAUUCUGAGUGAAUAAUCUUGUAAACAAGCCAGAUGGAACUAAACAUUGUUCUCAUUUAUUUACAUUUAGAAAAUCUGAAGAGUAUUAAUCAUUGGUAUGUAGACACUUUUUGAUUCACGCUCAUGUUUAUAAGAUCUUCCCUUAGAGCUGUUCUGUUACUGAGGAUUUCUGUUUUCUGUUUUCUAGAAACUUGUGUGAUAUUGCUAGUCUUUAGAUAAGUUUUCCUCAUAAUUAUAAUUAUUAUGUAAUUAAGGUUCAUAUGAAAGGUUUUGUUUGCUCCAAUCAAGUAUAUUUUACUGUUGUAGAAAGCCUCUUCAGACUAUUUCUCAACAAUGUUAUGUAUUCAUUUUGAAGUACAUUGAUGUAAAAAGCAUACAUAUGGUGGAAACGAAACACUUAACAUGAACCUUAAGACAGAAUAAUAUUGUGUUAUUGCAUAACUUGUAUCUUCAAAUGUAAUUGCGUCACAUAAUAUUAUUUGUCAGAAUAUGAAUAAAUACUAAAUUCAGA